AUGACGAGCCCUCUGCUCCUGGGCUGGUGGCAGCUCCGGGCGCGCCGGUUGCCACGCAGAAGGAGCGAGAGCAAGUCCGUUUUGGGUGCUGGAAAAGAAGAUACGUGCCGUGGCUGCAGCGCUUUGUGCCUCCUUGAGACGUUUCAUGCCGGCGAAGACGCGUCAAGAGCAACCAAUGUGAUUUACCAAGCCCAUCACGUCAGCAGAAGUAAGAGAGGACAAGUGGUUGGUACCAGAGGUGGAUUUCGAGGCUGCACAGUUUGGCUAACAGGCCUUUCUGGAGCUGGUAAGACAACCAUUGGCUUUGCUCUGGAAGAGUACUUGGUCUCUCAUGGCAUCCCCUGCUAUUCCCUGGAUGGUGAUAACGUUCGACAUGGGCUGAAUAAAAACCUCGGUUUCUCAGCUGGGGACCGCGAAGAGAACAUUCGCCGCAUUGCGGAGGUGGCCAGGCUGUUUGCUGAUGCUGGGCUCGUCUGCAUAACUAGUUUCAUUUCUCCUUUUGCAAAGGAUCGUCAAAACGCACGGAAAAUUCAUGAAGCAGCUGGACUUCCUUUCUUUGAAAUCUUUGUAGAUGCUCCUCUAAAUAUUUGUGAAAGAAGAGAUGUGAAGGGACUGUACAAAAAGGCAAGAGCGGGAGAGAUCAAAGGAUUCACGGGGAUUGACUCAGAGUAUGAGAAGCCUGAAUAUCCUGAACUAGUGUUGAAAACGAAUGCUUCAUCAGUGUCUGAAUGUAUUCAGCAGCUUGUGGAGCUCCUACAAAUACAAAACAUCGUUCCCAAGUCAUCAGUUAAGGAUGUUCUUGAGCUGUUUGUACCUGAAAAUAAGCUUGAUUUUGCCCGAGCUGAAGCAGACAUGCUGCCAUCUGUAGAGAUCACUAAGCUGGAUCUGCAGUGGGUGCAAGUGCUGAGCGAAGGGUGGGCCACUCCGCUGACCGGCUUCAUGCGUGAGGCAGAGUACUUGCAAGUGAUCCAUUUUGGCACCUUACUGAAUGGAAAGAAUGCCUCCCUAGUUGAUGGCGUUAUCAACUUGAGCAUCCCUAUUGUGCUGCCCAUUUCCACGGUGGAUAAACAGCGCCUUGAUGGCUGUGGUGCGUUUACGCUCGCCUACAAAGGGCAGAAGAUCGCGAUCCUUAAGAAUCCCGAGUACUUUGAACACAGGAAGGAAGAGCGCUGUGCCCGGAUCUGGGGAACCACUUGCGUGAAACACCCGCAUGUCAAAAUGGUGAUGGAAAGUGGAGACUGGCUGGUUGGUGGCGAUCUCCUUGUGUUGGAGAGGAUCAAAUGGAAUGACGGACUGGACCAAUACCGCCUGACACCGCUGAAUCUCAAAGAGAAGUUUAGAGAAAUGAAUGCUGAUGCUGUCUUUGCAUUUCAGCUACGUAACCCCGUGCACAACGGGCAUGCCCUGCUCAUGCAGGACACGCGGCGUCGGCUUUUGGAGAGGGGUUAUAAAAACCCCGUGCUUCUCCUACACCCCUUGGGGGGCUGGACCAAAGAUGAUGACGUCCCACUGGAGUGGCGGAUGAAGCAGCAUGCGGCGGUGCUAGAGGAGCGCGUUCUGGACCCCAAGUCGACCAUCGUUGCUAUCUUCCCCUCUCCCAUGCUCUACGCUGGUCCCACAGAGGUGCAGUGGCACUGUCGGGCUCGCAUGAUUGCUGGGGCUAACUUCUACAUAGUGGGGCGAGAUCCUGCAGGCAUGCCUCACCCGGAGACCAAGAAAGACCUCUACGAGCCCACGCAAGGAGGGAAGGUCCUCAGCAUGGCACCAGGCCUGACUUCUGUGGAAAUCAUUCCCUUCCGGGUUGCUGCUUACAAUAAAGUAAAAAAGGCUAUGGAUUUUUAUGACCCACAAAGGCACGACGAAUUUGACUUCAUCUCCGGAACACGCAUGAGAAAACUUGCUCGGGAAGGUGAAAAUCCACCAGACGGCUUCAUGGCCCCUAAAGCUUGGAAAGUCCUAACUGAGUACUACCAGUCACUGGAAAAAAAGAAUUAGCACUACUUCUCCCUAGAAAUGUGUGUAUUAAGAGUGAGCAAUGAUGAUUGAUUGAUUUUUCUGUGA